AUGGCAGAAAGCAUCCUCCCAACAACGGGAGAAGAACUGGAGGUGAAAAAUGAGUUUCCAGCUACAGCGACAGAGGAAAGUCAAGUUACGUCAAGUGACGCUGAACUGGAUGUAGACGAUGACCUUUUAAGAGAAAUAGCGAAAGUAUUUCUGGAGAAAGGUAACAAAGAAUACAAACAAGGAGAAGCUAAUGACGCAAUAAACUCCUACACGGAAGGACUUCAAGUGAACUGCAAAGAUAAACGGCUGAACGCCAAGCUUUACAGCAACAGGGCAACAGCUCAUUUCCGUUUAGCAAACUACGUGGAAUGUCUCGAUGAUGCAACAGUUGCCGUUCAAUUGGAACCCACUUUAAUCAAGGCUAUUAAGAAAGGAGCCAGAGCUUGUGUCGAGCUUUGCUUGUAUAAAGAAGCAAGGAGCUGGUUGCAUAUGGGAUUUUCCAUUGAAAAUGACAACAAACGUCUGCUUCAAUUACUAAGGAAGACUAAUGCUGAACUAAAAGUCAUAGCAAACAGUUCUGCCUAUCUCGGCAACGCUUAUCAAGGACUAGGAAAGUUUAAAACAGCUAUCAAGUACCAUCAGCGCCAACUACAAAUUUCUAAAGUAGUGAAAGAUAAGACCGAAGAGGGUAGAAACUAUUGCAAUCUCGGCAACGCUUAUCAAAGCCUUGAACAGUUCAAAACAGCGAUCCAGUACCAUCAACGUCAUCUAGAAAUUACAAAAGACGUGGGAGACAAGGCCGGAGAGGGCAUCAGUUAUGGCAAUCUCGGCAACGCUUAUCGAGGUCUAGGACAGUUCAAAACAGCCAUCCAGUACCAUCAACGUCAUCUAAAAAUUGCUAAAGACGUGGGAGACAAGGCCGGAGAAGGAAUCAGUUAUGGAAAUCUCGGCAACACUUAUAAUGGUCUAGGACAGUUCAAAACAGCCAUCCAGUACCAUCAACGUCAUCUAGAAAUUGCUAAAGAGGUGGGAGACGAGGCCGGAGAGGGAAUCAGUUAUGGCAAUCUCGGCAACGCUUAUCAAGGUCUAGGACAGUUCAAAACAGCUAUCCAGUACCAUCAACGUCAUCUAGAGAUUGCUAAAGAAGUGGGAGACAAGCCCGGAGAGGGAAUCAGUUAUGGCAAUCUCGGCAACGCUUAUAGAGGUCUAGGACAGUUCAAAGCAGCCAUCCUGUGCCAUCAACGUCAUCUAGAAAUUGCUAAAGAAGUGGGAAACAAGGCUGGAGAAGGAAAAAGCUAUGGCAAUCUUGGCAAUGCUUAUGACGGUCUAGGACAGUUCAAAACAGCCAUCCAGUACCAUCAACGUCAUCUGGAGAUUGCUAAAGAGGUGGGAGACAAAGCCGGAGAGGGAAUCAGUUAUGGUAAUCUUGGCAACGCUUGUGACGGCCUAGGACAGUUCAAAACAGCCAUCCAGUACCAUGAACGUCACCUAGAAAUUGUUAAGGAGGUGGGAGACAAGGCCGGAAAGGGAAUCAGUUAUUGCAAUCUCGGCAACGCUUAUGAUGGUCUAGGACAGUUCAAAACAGCCAUCCAGUACCACCAACGUCAUCUAGAAAUUGCUAAGGACGUGGGAGACAAGGCCGGGGAGGGAAGAAGUUAUAACAAUCUCGGCAACGCUUAUAAAGGUCUAGGACAGUUCAAAACAGCCAUCCAGUACCAUCAACGUCAUCUAGAGAUUGCUAAAGACGUGGGAGACAAGGCCGGAGAGGGAAUCAGUUAUGGAAAUCUCGGCAACGCUUAUAAUGGUCAAGGACAGUUCACAACAGCCAUACACCAGCCAAAUUCAGAGCCUGAAGAACAGCAUUCUGCCAAGUCAAUGGUUGAAAUGCUUCAACUUGUCCAGCAAGUUGGAAAUGAAGAUUCGCUAAAUGCUCACGACCUGGAAGACUGGCUCAAUCUAGACAAUGAGCUCCCAACUACGGAACAGAUGUCAGAUGAACAGAUUUUAGCGACCGUAACCGGACAUUCCAAUGAAAAUGAAAGUAGCGAUGAGGAAGAUGAUGGUCAGGAGGAGAAACAAGUUUCCAAUUCAGAGGCAGGAGAAUGUUUUAAAAAAUGCUUGUCCUGGAUGGAAGGACAGAAUAAUGUUGACCCUGUUCAAGUUAUGCAACUUCGCCAAAUAGCGAAGGUAUGUCUGGAGAAAGGUAACAAAGAGUACAGAAAAGGAGAAGCUAAUGACGCGAUAAACUCCUACACGGAAGGACUUCAAGUGAACUGCAAAGAUAAACGGCUGAACGCCAAGCUUUACAGCAACAGGGCAACAGCUCAUUUCCGUUUAGCAAAUCACGUGGAAUGUCUCGAUGAUGCAACAGUUGCCGCUCAACUGGAACCCACUUUAAUCAAAGCUAUUAAGAAAGAUAGCAACCUCCCAACAACGGGAGAAGAACUGGAGGUGAAAAACGAGUUUCCAGCCACAGCAACAGAGAAAAGUCAGGUUACGUCAAGUGACGCUGAAUUGGAUGUAUACGAUGACCCUUUAAGAGGGAUAGCAAAAGAAUGUCUGGAGAAAGGUAGCAAAGAAUACAGACAAGGAGAAGCUAAUAAUGCGAUAAUCUCCUACACGGAAGGACUUCAAGUGAACUGCAAAGAUAAACGGCUGAACGCCAAGCUUUACAGCAACAGGGCAACAGCUCAUUUCCGUUUAGCAAACUACGUGGAAUGUGUCGAUGAUGCAACAGUUGCUGUUCAAUUGGAACCCACUUUAAUCCAAGCUAUUGAGAAAGGUGAGUUUUUCAGAUAUAAGCCAUCAACAUUCUUUUCUCUGAUUUCGUCAAAAGAGGAUUGUGUGGUUUGUGGCAGGUAACU